AUGGAUGUUGAUGUCCGCAGAGUAUCCGUGUAUGGUGGACCGUCACUAUUGGGUUUGGGAAAGAAGCACUGUGUGGAGGGAUCAGACAGGGAUGCAAAUAGGGGACCAGCCAGCUACCAGUCAGUGGCAAAUCAAUUUCAAGUUGGAAACUCCACCAUGAGGGAUGCAGUCAUUCGAGUGUUGUUGCCACCAUGGGCCGCGGCCAUCGCCAGCGGCUUGAUCCGCCAGAAGCUGCAGGCCAGGGAGCAGCACUGGGACCGGCCCUCGGCCAGCAGGAGGCGGAGCAGCCCCAGCAAGAACCGGGGGCUCUGCAACGGCAACCUGGUGGAUAUUUUCUCCAAGGUCCGCAUCUUCGGGCUCAAGAAGCGAAGGUUGCGGCGCCAAGAUCCCCAGCUCAAGGGUAUAGUGACCAGGUUAUAUUGCAGGCAAGGCUACUACUUGCAAAUGCACCCCGAUGGAACUCUCGAUGGAACCAAGGAUGACAGCAGUAAUUCUACUCUAUUCAACCUUAUACCAGUGGGACUACGAGUUGUCGCUAUCCAGGGUGUAAAGACAGGGUUGUAUAUAGCCCUAAAUGGAGAAGGCUUCCUCUACACAUCAGAACUUUUUACACCAGAGUGCAAGUUUAAGGAAUCCGUUUUUGAAAAUUAUUAUGUAAUCUACUCAUCCAUGCUCUAUCGACAACAAGAGUCGGGUAGGGCCUGGUUCCUGGGGCUUAAUAAGGAAGGGCAGGUCAUGAAAGGAAACAGAGUGAAGAAAACAAAACCAGCAGCUCAUUUUCUACCCAAGCCAUUGGAAGUUGCCAUGUAUCGAGAACCAUCCUUGCAUGAUGUUGGAGAAACAGUGCCAAAAGCUGGGGUAACUCCAAGUAAAAGCACAAGUGCAUCUGCAAUAAUGAAUGGAGGCAAACCAGUUAACAAGAGUAAGACGACAUAGCCAGAUCCUCACAGGUGUUGUGACUUACUGAGCUCUGAGUACAGUUGAGCAAUUUAUCCUUGCUGGACUCUCUCCUACUUCAGUGUCGGUGGAUCAGCUUGAGGCAAGUGAAAACUGGCUCUUUGCUGGUUCUGAACUAAAUUGUUGCAAGUGGAUAAAUCUCAACAUGUAGCUCCUCCCACAACAAGAAGACACCUGGAUAACCAGCUAACUCAGACCAUGGAAUGCCCUACCAGAUAUGGAAUGCCUUUUUAAUAUCUUUUCUGUGACUGUGACACUUCAUGUGAAUGACAUACUUCACAAGUACACUUGAUACCUUGCCUGCUGACAGUUACCCAUAAUCCCUUUUUGAGUCCAGUUUCAGCGAAAUCCAUGUGUUUAAGUUCUAUUUUGUAGCACACAGAUAAUAUCAAGUAAUUUCUAGUUAGAUGCUGUAAACCUCUGCUAUUAUGGAUUUCUCUUCUUCCCUUUUUUACAAGGCUGCUUGCUCCACUGUCUGUGACCUUUUGCAGGGAUUGUGUUUCUCUAAAACGUAAUUUUUGCAGGUGGCUUUGUUCUGAAAGCAAUCAGGGAAUCAGGAAGCCUUCAAAACCUAUUAUGAAUUAUAUCUCCGAAGACUAGGAUCAUUGUCUCUGACUUAGAAUAUUGGUAAAUGUGAAUACACUUUAGUAACAGAUACCGUGCUCCUGAGGUUUGCAUUAUUGUGGAGGGAAAAGUGUCAAACGCAACCCGUAGAAAGUUUUUUGAGACUAGUGUUUGACAUCCCCCUAUAGUUUCUUUGUGUGUGUGUGUUUUAUACAUAUCACAGGCUUACUGGUAAUGGUAACAUUUGCCUUGCCCAGCGAGCAAGACCCACUAAUUUUUGAGAAAGUGGGUCCAAAGAAUUCUGUAGGCCUUGUAGGCCUGAAUUAAGGCUCAUUUUUCACCUACUAAUCCUCAUUAUUUGAAAAACAAUAAUUAAGAAGAACAAGAAUUGCGCUACCUAAAUCCAGUUCAGAUAUAAUCCUUUCCUGUUUUUAAUGAACUGAAUUUAAUGCCAUCAUUAUUUUGGCUGUUUUCCACUCUUACUCAGCAAAGCAUGGUCAAGGAUGAUGACAUGUUCUUUUUAGCAGUGCCAGUGCAAAAGUUAGUUACAAAUUAUACUUUAAUAUUUUUGGUGUUAAUUUUUUUUUAAACUGGGCAUAUUGGAAAACUUUUUUUUUUUUUAGCCCAGCAUGAAGAGUCCAGUCCUAAGUAUUUCAAUCCAUAACUCAUCACAUACCUCUAACCCAGCUUUUUAGGCUGUUCCCAUCAAAUUGCUAGAUAAAUGGUGCCUUGCCUUGCAUUCUAUAUAUUAUACAUUCUACUACAUGAAACUAGAGGAAAUCAAACCCAUUAUGAGAUUGAGUCCUUGAAUCAUGCUCAGUUGCUUCAUGAAACACUUCAGUUAACUGUCAUAAAACCAAUUUAGAAAAAAUAAAAGGGGUAAUAAGUUUUAGACAAUACAGCAAAGAUGCCAUUCUAGUGUUAAAUGCCGUAGGUAAUGAGUUUCAAAUAUUUAGUUGCAUACUUCUAAAAGACUAAAACAAGGCUAUUCUGUGUGGGCUUAAUAGGCUUUUGCUUCUCAGAAGGAGUGACAAAGACCAAACUGUACCUGAGUUGUGGCAAACUGUGUGACAACCCUCUAUUGGCCUCUUGCUGUUAUCAUUGUGCUAAGAAUGAUGAAAUACAUCCUUCCCUUUUGAGCAAUUAUAUUUAUGGAAAACUAAUUUUCUCAUAGCGUUACACAGAGCUCUCUGACAGGCCGCCUGUUGUUUCAAAUUCCUGAUCUGCUUAGCUGAAUACUGAUUCAGUAUCCAUUAGCUCUUCGUGUUGAUACAGUUCCAUAUGGGGAUUCCGUUUUCAUAAGUAACACAGCCUAUUGUUCAAGUAGCUUAUUAUAAUGCUGCCAUAAGACAAAGCUACUUUACUGCUGUGACAAAAUGUGCAUAAAGUAACUUUAGGCCCAGAUCAUCCCUUCACCUGGUAGUUUAAAGGAGGAAAAAAAUCCCCAUAAGACACCCUUUAUGGUGAGCCUCACAUGUCAUCCUACCAAGGUGGGUGUGACUUGGGUAUUCCCAACACCCAAACAAAAAAGGCUAUGAAGUCUCCCCCUAAGGGAUCAGUGGGAGGCCAGGAUUAUCAACAUAGCAUGCUGCCCUGGCUGUCUGGUUCUGUCAUGGCAUUGGAGUCUCACUGACCUGACCCCUCCCCCUCCCCGUCUCCCUCGCCCUGUGCUUCCCUCUUCAGGUUGGGAGAGGAGGCAGGCAGAGACGAUAAUACAAAAUCUCUUUUGUGACUAAUUGUCACAGGGCUGGUGAGGGAGCCUGUGUGCAUUCCUUCCCCUCAGUCUCCAACCUGCCCAGUUUGGACCCUGGACUGCAGAGCGAUGGCUCUGUGGAGUCCAGAGGGUAAGACUGUGCCAUAGACUUGCCGGAGGUAUACACUAAGGAUACAGCGAGCACAUGCUGGCCCUUUGAAUUUCAGCUGUCUGAGACUGGUGUCCCAAGGCCAUAUCCAUUAUCAUUUUCAACAUCUUAGGCAACUAUUGCUCUGCCAACCGGAUGACUAGUUACAAUCAAGGCUGAAUUUAUUUUUGUAAGUGACUAGUACGUACUGUAAAUGUAUCACCAUGUUUAUGUUUCUUUACAUGGGUUGUCUGUAAGGGUGUUUAAUGGAUGUCUUAAAACAAGUUCUUCUAAAGUUUGUUUAAACGUAGAGCACAGGGAUCUUUGUUAUUUGUGCUUUGGUUACUCCUUUAAUUUUGUCUCUUGUCUCAUCUGUUGCAUGGGAAGAAGAUGGCAAUGAUGAACUGCAUGUAGUAGGCUAUGCGUAUCAAGAACUGUUGGUAUGUAUUACUAAAUUUACAUACAUAUCUGCAAAGAGUUUGCAUUGUACAGUUCGUGUUUAUUAUUUGUUGUAUACACAGAUGCAACAUAUUGAAUAAAGUAUUUAUAUGAAGGCAUAUUGAAAAACAAAACAACUUUAUCUAGCAAGUAGAAUGUGCAAAAUGACAUUGCACUGGCCACAGUAUAGUGAAACCAUAUAGGCAGGUUGGCAAACUCAAAUCUCCCCCUUUACCAUGCCAAAGAAAAUUUUAGAUCCUUGACAUAUUACCUCUCUUGCUGUUUUCCAGGAUAAGACUUCACCAUUUUGUUCCCUCUAAAAUUUAUUUUGCUGUUAAGUGAAAACUAUUUUCAACUGUCUGUUACUACUAAAGUACUGUAUAGUAAAACUGAUGAAUUCAUUUAUAUUUACAGAUUGUGUGUUUUGUAUUUCCAUGUACACCAAUGUAUGCAACUCCCCAGUAUACCUGACCUUUUGCAUGCAGUGUUUUGUGUUGUUCCUCCCUUUCUUUUAUUUAAUCCCAGAAUGGUCCAAAAAAGAAAUCUCAAUUUCUUCACUAUCACACUACUGCACAGGUAAAUUAAUAAUGCAGAGGUGCAUUAUCUCUUCAUUUUCCCUCAAACAAAAUGUUCAUUUUUAUUUCAGCAAAAAUUUUCAAAAGUAUCAAUCUCGCUCACACAUGCAUCUCUCUCCCCCUCCCCCAGGUCUAGGUAGAUCUGGAUAAAUUGAACAAAGCACUAAUUUUGUUGUGCUUGAAAAGUGUUUUCUAGACUCACAGGAUCUCACUCUGGUCAUGUUUAUGAAAAACUAGAUUCGAUUCUACAGAGAUAUCUCAAGUGCUUUGCAGCUCACUUAACACCUCUUUUGCUUCUUGUCCUGUUCUUUAAGCAAUGCUCAGAUCAAUAUGUUUAUGUACUGUCAUUUUUCAUCCACAUGAUCAGUAUAACAAAAGUCCACACAAAGGAUAAAAAGACCUUUGUUCAGACUGUAUUUGUCUGAAAGAAUCUUGUAAAGCUCACAACUGUUUACACCUAGAGGGACAAAUUCUCUGCUGCUGUAAUGUUGGAGCAGUCAGUUAAGUAGACAGUGAGUUUAGCCUAUGAAUUAAAGGUCUUGUUGAUCCAUCUGUUCUAUGGUACAAAUUAGAAAUGUUCAACUCCCUUCAGGUUAGAAAAAGUAAUAAGAAAAUGAGACAUGGUAAAACAAUUAUAUUUACAUUUAAAUGCCCCUUUGGAUAGAUUCAUGAUCUGUACAGUACAUUUCAAGAUUUUUUUCCUGAUGUCUAAUGCAGAUUUCAUGCUUUAUUUUUUAAAAUAUACUAAAAUCUAGAUUCUAGGGCCUGGUCAAAGAAAUAUUCAACUUAGCUUUAUUCAUUCCCAGCGUAUAGUACGGAAUAUAAUUUAGAUGUAAAGUGAGUCGUCAUUCCAGGAAGAGAAGGGCAAUGCAUCGAAAACACCAGAUACAUGAUUAAAUCUCUAGCUACAUGCCUCUGAAAGAGAGCUUGAUCAUGUAUCCUCCCGGUAAUUCUUUUCCAUUGCUAAAUCAUAUAUACAAGCAAGACAGUGAAUAGCAAGUUUAUUUCUGUAACCCAAGAAGAUGUUGUAUAGAGUGGACACAAUCCUACAAAAUGCUGAGUGCACUUAGAAAUAGUACUGAGCACUUUUCAGAUGGUGCCCUUUUUAUUACAUGAAUGGAGAGCUGUGUAUGUCUGUGUCCAACAUCAAAAUCCACACUUAUCUAAUCAGUUUUCUCUCUCCGUAAUUACAGUUUGCUCAAGACCUGGAAGCAGUGAUAUAAUUAGUGUAUGUGAAUUAGACUGGAAAUAUUUUUCACUCCCUUGCACCACUUUUUUUUACUUUUACAGUUUCACAACUUAGGCAGACAGAAUUUUCACAUAUUGGAACAAUAAUAUUUAUCUUCAAGUCUUAUUUUUAUAAAAAGGGAAUAAGCUGCAUAGAAUAUGUACUGGGACUCAUAUCACCAGUUUUCUCAGUAUGGGAAGGGAAAAUGUUCAAGUCACAUCAAAAAAUGGAAAAGGAAAUAGAUAUCCAUUAUAUUUUGAUCAGUCUUAGGGUAUGUCUACACAGCAGUGUUAUUUCAGAAUAACUGAUGUUAUUCUGAAAUAACAAAGAGCGCAUCUACACUGCAAGCCAUUAUUCCAAAAUAAUGGUGAGCUGGAUGACUUAUUACAACCUCUGUAAUGCUACAUUCUUCCUUCAACUUCCUGCAGUGUAGAUAGUACCACAAGCCAAAUUAAGCUAUUCGACUUCAGCUACACAAUUGACGUAACUGAAGUUGCAUAGUUUAAUUCAAUUUUAGCCCUGCUGUGUAGACAUACCCUUAAUAAUACUAUAUGGCUUCUAACAGUUUUUGUGUGAUAAUUUAUAUUUAAGUAAUCCCAGUUUUGUCCAAAUUUUAAAAUCAGAUACUCUAUUACAUUUGUCAAAGAAUUUAGCUAGCAUUUUAAAAAUGGGGCUAUAUUACAGUAAUCCAACCCAGUAGCUGAAAGUUUAAAAAAAUCUGUUGUGGCAAUAUUUUAAAUGAUGUCUUACUAGAAAUUGGAAUUCUAUGUUUUUAGUUCACAAACUUAAAAGGAAAACAAACAAAAUCAGAAAGUAAAACAAAAUAUACCAAAGUUACAUGACACGCAGAUGUCCAGCAAUUUAUGGCCUUACAGAGAAUCAUUUUCUAAUCUAGAAAUUCGGCUGUUUGAAAUAUCAUACAUAAUAUACAAAAAUUAUAUCUUUGUUUGAUUAGUUUGUUUAAAUGGUACCAAGUAUCUAUUCAAUCUAAACAGCAUUGAUUUUCCUACUUUGUUAGUUGUAGAAAGUACUGUAUAUAAAUGCAGGACAUAAUAAAGCUUGAUUUCCUUUUCUCUUUCAUUGACUCAGAAGUACCCACACGUGUAAGACAUUUAUCUGUGUUAAUUUAUAUAUAAAUAAAACCAACAAACUUGUGUUUGCCAGUCAAAGACUAGCGUUGGCAAAUGGUAAAAUGAUAUAUUGAAAUACUCUUCUCUGUACAAUUUUAAGGAUUACAACCAUAAAAUAUAAAAUGUGAUUUUAAAACUUGUUUUACUUCAAGGUUUGUUUAUCCUGUAUCAAUAGAUUUUAGAGCUCUGAUAUUUUGGUUAUCUAAAGAGAGGCAGUAGCAGCUUUUGGGUAUAGUUGUCAUUAUGAAUGUGCAGAACUCCCAUUAAUAAGUCAUAUACAGACAUUUAGAGGUGACUGGUUAUGUCUCCCUGAGAACAUGGGCUUUGAAAAAGUACACAUUUAUGUUUUAAAAAAAAUGGGGUCAGAGCAAGAGCAAGCUAAAUUGGGAGAAAAUGGUUGUUCAAACCUUUCAAUAACUGCACUCUACGCUCUCUCACUUUAACUGUUACAUGUUCUGUACUGUUGUAUUUUCCAAUUUAAAUAAUCAAUGUCCUUUCAAUAAGAAAACAACUUUCUAGUGUAAUGAUGGAAAUACCCUUUUUAAGUUGCUACACAUGUUCCUUAUUUCUUAAUCUUGUAUCAAACUAAAAGCCUGAUACGUGACAUCUAAAUCACAACAUAACAAUAGCAAUGUUUGAUAAUUUUUUGUGAUUUAAUCGUAUUUCACAAUAUGUAAUCACUUUUCAAAAGAAAAUGUAUGUAUUUUUUUUCGCUCUGAAGAAUUAAAGGGCUGCCAAACCUACAUGAAGGGAAUAAAAGAUUCAAAUGUAAAUAACUUAGGGAAGUCCCAAAAUAGUUGUGCAUUUUUCAUAAUUCAAUGUGAAUUUCACACUGAGCAGCAUUUCACCAUUGACAAGAAAUAAAAAUUUUGUUCAUAGCACUACAUUGUUUCUGUUUACUGUUUGAAAUCCACAAUUAAAUGAUUUUGUUUCCAUCAUCUGAAUAUCUUUCACCGACAGCAGUGUGCUCUACAAUGUAACUGAUUUUCUAAUUCAGUUGACCUUUAGGCUCCCAGCUUUUAUACAAGUAGUAAGAUUCAAUUAUUAUCAUAUGUGAUAGUGUAAUCUGUUCCUAAAAGCAUACAGAAUUGGCAUCCUAGAAGUUAUCAAUAUUACAUUUCCAUGUGCUUUUCUUUUUAAGAUGAGUAGGUAAGUAUCCAUACAUAACACUAUGAUAAAAGUACAUACAAGUUAUAAGAUAUUUAUUAAAUAUAUCAACUCAUUUAUCUUGAUUUUUUAAAAAAAUCUUAACCUACAGGUUAUGUAUUUGCAAAUGUAGUAUGAAGACUAGAUAACCAGCUUAAAGAUAUUUUAACCACAGAAAUCAAUAGUGUUUGUUUUUAAUGUGUCUGUUCUAGCAAUGGGCUCUGGUUGUAUAAUUUGGAUCGCUAACCUAAAUCUCUGGGGUUGUUCACAUAUUUGGAUCAGAGUUAUGCAACUGCAGUUCUCCUGAUAAAAAUUAAAAUAAUUAGUUUUAAUGAGCAAUUUGCAGCUUCCCAUGUUAUUGGAGCUGAGAAAUAAUCAGAAUUAGAAGGAAAAAAGUCAAGGCAAAUAAUAAUAAUAUAUUUGACCAAUACUGAAAAUGGCAUCAUAUACAAUUUUUGAUAAAUAUCCAGACAGCUCUACUCUUUUAUUUGUAUGCCAUUUCCUUACAUAAUGGUGUCAAGAUUUUAAAACAAAGUAAAUUGUGCAAUAAAGCUUGUAUUUUUUCACUGGAGCCAGGAAUUCAACCUUAAGGCUACAUCUACACUGGCAGCUUCUUGCACAAGAACUCUUUUGUAGAAGAGUUCUUGUGCAAAAACUCUUC